CUAUGUACUCACCUUUCAACUCACAAGCUCAUCUUUGUAACGUUCUGUCAUUUGGAAACGUGCCCUUCAUUUUUAACAUUGAUUCAUCGAUCACAUUGAUGAAGACCGUUGUUCGUGCUAGUGCAAAAUUUAAAUUUUUAGUGUUCGUUGUCCGUUUCAUUUGAUUUUAUUUUCGAUAUUUAUUUAACUGAAACCAUGCGCGAUCACAACGAAAAUAUUCAAUUCGAUGAAUCAACCAAAUUUACACCGAAAAAUGCUAUUGCGAAUCGCAAUGAAUUCGGAGUGAAUUUAGUAGCUGGUCCUAUUUCGCUAAACCCAUUGAAACGAAAGAUCGAUGCAAAUACCAUUGCAGAGGUGACUACACACAAAAGAGGUCGCUUCGACAACCUCAUCAACACCAUGAAAUGCAUUUCCAAACUUUUGGAAAGCUCUCUGAUUCCGACGAAGAAUGGAUCUUCGUCCACAUUUAUCGAAUCACCAACCUACAUGGAAGACGGUCAACUGCGUCCGUAUCAAAUAACCGGCCUCAAUUGGUUGAUUGCAUUGCAUGAGAACAAUUUGGGCGGAAUGCUCGCUGAUGAAACGGGCCUUGGCAAAACCAUACAAGUCAUAGCACUUAUCGGAUAUCUCCAAUUAGUUCGCAAAGUGGAUGGUAGAUAUCUUAUCAUCGUUCCGCUAGCAACGGUAACAAACUGGGAAAGUGAAUUCCUGCAGUGGUGCCCUUCGCUGAAAGUCGUUUCCAUUUACGGCAACGAAAGUGUUCGUCAACAAGUAGUAAAUAAGAUUCUGAAUGUUCGGCCAUUCGAUUGGGAUGUUUGCAUAACAACAUACGAGACGUGCAAGUUGAAGUUUUCCCGGAAAUUCUUCGCAACAUUUCGUUGGGACUAUGUCAUUUUGGACGAGGGAACGCGAAUCAAGAAUGAAAAAACUGUGCUGGCGCGGAUUAUCAGACGUUUAACGGCGAAGCAUCGUCUUAUUUUGACUGGAAUACCAUUGAAUAACAAUCUACAUGAACUGUGGGCGCUGCUCUCGUUUUUAAUGCCGAAUGAAUUCAGUAGUUCCAUUGAGUUCUGUGUCUGGUUUGAUGACGAUGCCUGUCUGGACCAAGAAGAAACCGUGCUAAAUAACUUGUACACGGUUUUACAACCGCUAAUGCUGCGCCGCCUAAAAUCUGAAGUGGAAAAGAUUCCACCGUACGAAGACAUAAAUGUUCUGGUGAACAUAACUAACUUCCAGCGAGAGUGCUAUCGCGAAAUUUUGAUUGAAAACAUGGAUAUCAUCGACGGAACGAAUGUCAUUAAAAGAGGUCGAUUGAAUUCGCUGUUUAUGCAAUUGCGGAAAUGCACAAAUCAUCCGCACCUAUUUUAUGGCCCACCAUUUCGUCCUAGACGCAUAGUCGAAGAUUCGGGGAAAAUGAUUGUCCUCGAUAUGAUUCUAGCGCAGCUAAAGCGACGAAAGUCCCGCGUUCUGAUUUUUAGUCAAUUUACAGGCAUAAUGGACAUUAUUGAAAAUUAUUUAAGUCUCCAUCCGGAAUACGGUUACUGCCGCAUAGACGGUUCCGUCAAUAUCGACGAGCGCACCAGUCGCAUUGCUGAAUUUCAAGAUCCCGAUUCGAAAAAGUUCAUCUUUCUUCUAUGCACCAGAUCCGGAGGAUUGGGCAUCAAUUUAACAGCAGCAGAUUCAGUAAUUAUCUACGAUUCAGAUUGGAAUCCUCAAAUGGAUCUGCAAGCAAUAUCUCGCGUUCAUCGUAUUGGACAAACGAAGGCCGUUCGCGUUUUUCGUUUAAUUGCUAAGAAUACGGUGGACGAGAAAAUGAUACAACGAGCCGACAUGAAAUUGAGACUGAGCAAUAUCGUCAUUGAGUCGCACGUGAAAUCAAGAUCAGUAACUCCCGAAAGGUUCUUACUGAGCACCGUUCGUUUUGGAACGGACACCAUCUUAUCGAAUGAUUCGCAUUAUGACGGUGUUGAGUGGGAUGCUUUAGUGCAGAAAAAUAGCCAAAUUUUGGUUGAUGAAAUUUUCAAGAAUCAAGUUUAGUGUCAACAACAAAAUACUUUUAUGUUUGAGACGAAGUAUUUUUAACUUUUUAUUUGGUUUAUUUGGAUGUUUUAUGUAGGAGGUUAUCUCCUUCCAUCAAUCGAGUGAUUUUGUUUUUUUUUUUUUCUUUUCAAUAAAUUAACGUGAAAAUUCAAAGAAAUUUCAAA